AUGUCUCCUCCACCGUCAGCAUGCCAACUCUUCGUACAAAGGGUCACUCGCGCCUUCAUGCUCAACAAUGGACACGACACUACAACGAUCUCAGCCCUUCGCAUCCUCUCCGCCAAGCCCGGCCUUGUACGAGCGCGCUUGCCCAUUGGCAGUCAUAAUGUCAAUCGACUAGGAAGCGUGCAUGGUGGUCUCAUCUGUACAUUGGUGGAUACCAUGGGAUCACUAGCGCUCGCUUCCAAGGGCCUGUAUAGUACAGGGGUCUCGACGGAUAUCCACACGACGUUUGCCAAGGCGGCGGGCAAGGCGGGGGAUGAAGUCGACGUGCUUGGCGAGGUGACCACGCUGGGUCGCACUUUAGCUACCACUCGUGUAGAGGUCCGGCAUCCUGUCAGCGAUGCCCUUCUAGCAUUUGGAUCACAUACCAAGUUCGUGGGGAAAGCUUUCGGGCACGAGGAGAAUGUGGAAUUUGACGAAAGCGGGGAGAAGGUGGUCAAGGGGAAGCAACCGGAGGAGUGGGGGGAUGUGAGGCUGCAUUGA